AUGAAGCAGAAGAUAUCUUCCACUGGGGGCGUGGUGGAGGCCUUGUCAAGACGAAUCCGCGAUCUGCUAGGGGCCAGACAAUUUCAUCGUCCAAUUCGUGGAGGCAUCAUAUGUUAUUGGGCCACGUCUCACGACAAGACCGGAUUCUCUCCAAUUUCACAGAUAUGUACCAACGGCACUAGAAAUGCCCAUUCCGGAACGUCUCGAUCAUCAGAAGGAAGCCAGUUGCAUAGAGUUGGAGGUUGCGGCACCAAAUCAAGAGGCCUCAACCUUUACGGUCAGUGGUUGACGUACCGGACCAAGGGAAAUAAACGUAAAGAUGCAGUCAAGCAAAUGUGGAGUUUUAGAAUCAGAGAAGCGAAACAGAAGAUUAACGGGUGA